CUUUUUUGCAAACACGAACGCCAACGCAACAUAUCAAUGGCGCCCAGAAAGUCUUACAAUGACCUCUCCAAGGCAAUGACCUGCCUCUUGAGACAUGCUGGGAAAAAGCGGGGGCUCUACUUUACUGCAGGUGGCUUUGUCCGGCUCUGGGACCUCUUGCCUUGCUUGCGAUGCCACACAGUCUCUGAGGAUGUCGAGCAGGAUGUGGUCGAAAUUGUCAAUGUCAUGUUCAACAAAGAUGGGAGUCCGAGGUUUGAGCAAACUAUCGGUCCGGACCAACAUAUUUGGGUACGAGCAACGAGGAAACACACCAUUCGUGCCAUCAAUCCUGAGUUACCUGCAGAGAUCACUGAGCAGGACGUGGAAGAGGGACGGAGACACCGCAAGAAGAACCAAGAGGAGCAACAAUGGGCAGCGACCGGCUCGAGCCAGCUUCCUCCCAUAGUUGGACGAGUGAAAGCAGAUUUCAAAGGAAGCGAGUUUGUGGAUCAGGAGUAUCCCCAUGAAAGGUACCUUGACCUGCAGCGGGGUGAGUUUGUAAUAGUCAGAUCAAUGAGCCCCGAAGAAGGGUGGUUCCGCGGAACAACCCUGACUGGCGAAGAAGGCCGAUUCCCAGCAGUGUUUUUUCAACCAGCUGAAGGAGCUGAGACACAGUGAGACGUGUGGCUGCGUGAGAAGCAAGGGUUCCAAUGAUCUUCUGUCUUCUCAGCAGAGAUCCUUGAUCCAAGCCCUAGCAUGCACAUGCUGCUCAAUGCAGAAAGUGCAUGGAUCACCAGUCAACUUGACAAAGCGCUUGCAAAAGGGUGCUGGACAUUGCUGGGCUGUGUUCACGAGAAAUCCUCCUGAACCGCCCCUGAACUGCAGUCUGAGCCGCUGUGGUGAUUUAAUCGCAGGACUACUUUCGCCUGGCCCAAGCUUCGCAACUCCGCCUCUCACAAAGCGAGUUAGAGGCAGUGUUCCGAGA